AUGGAUCAAGACGUCUUUUCUCAACUCUACCAAUCGCUGACCCCUACGAUGGGUACACCGUUUCAAGAACCUUCAUCGGUCUUUGAUGAAUGGUUAAAACAAGAUUUUCUCUCUUCGGAGUGCAGUGUGCAUUCUUCACCAUCUGAAAUCAAUACUCCCUUGGAUCAUUUCUUAAUGUCUCCUCCCUUCCAAACAAAAGAUGAAUUAACUCAUCCCAGUAGCUGUCUCUUCCGUGAUGAUAUGGAUGUCUCUGCCAUCUUGGAUUCACCUGCACCUCAGCUCUUUAACCCUACCUCUAUUGCGCCUGCUACUCCUCACCCUACCACAUUGGAUAACUUGUUUGCGGAUAUUGGUGAUUCUUUACCUGCCGCACUUGCUGCCUUGGCUGCUGUUGCUGCGCCUCAGCCCAUCAUGGAUAUGUCCCCCGCUGUUACCAGUGCCUCCACUCCUACUUUCUCUACAAAGACAACCACUGGCAAGAAACGUGCGGCAACGGUGGAAGAAGAGGAUCCUGCGGAUGAUGCAGCUGUGAAACGACAAAAGAAUACCGAUGCUGCGCGUCGUUCUCGUCUUCGUAAGGUGCAAAAGAUGGAGACCUUAGAAACUCGUGUGAGUGAUCUUGAAAAGGUCAAUGCUGGUCUCUUAAUGCGUGUAGCCGUUCUUGAUUCGGAAAAGACCAACCUCAAGGCCAAGGAAUCUUCCUUUGAAAACAGAAUCAAGGUGUUAGAAGAACAAUUGGCAGAAGCUCAUAAAGCUCUUUCUUCUCGACCUUAG